CGGCAAAUCCCGUUGCGUAAGCGCAGAACCUAGAACUUUGCCCCACCAUCUUCAUCCCGCCUACACCCCCGCCACGCAUCCUCGAGAUUCACCACGAAAUGCCUGCGGAUACAGAACCCACAGAUAUUGCUCCCGACGCUGCGCCGGCGACAACGAGACAGCCGCGAAAGCGGUUUAUCGGGAAGAAAACGGCCGAGACGUUGCGGCAGCAGAAGACGGAUGGUGCUGGUGCUGGUGCUGAGGGGGACAGUGGAAGUAUCGAGGAUGCGAGUAGCAAGCUCCAAGUGGCCGCCUCACGCCCCCUCCGGGCACCCCGCGCCGUGACGACCAUACCCGCCUCGAUCCUCGAAGACGCCGACCUGAAUGCGGCAAUCUCCACUCUCCUCCCCAAAAACUACAACUUUGAAAUCCACAAGACGGUGCACGCGAUCCGUCGGCACUCCUCGAAACGCGUCGCGCUGCAGAUGCCGGAAGGCCUGCUCCUCUUCGCCACAACCAUCGCCGACAUCCUCGAGACGUUCUGCUCGGGCGUCGAGACCGUGAUCAUGGGUGACGUGACAUACGGCGCGUGCUGCAUCGACGACUUCACCGCACGGGCGCUGGAAUGCGAUCUCCUGGUACACUACGCGCACAGCUGCCUGAUCCCGGUGGACGUGACAGCGAUCAAGACGCUGUACGUAUUCGUCACGAUCGGGAUCGACCCGGAGCACCUUCUCGCGACGAUGGAGCGCAACUUCGUGGCCGGCAAGACACUCGCGCUGGUGGGCACGAUCCAAUUCAACGCGGCGAUCCAGCGGCUCAAGCCGCGGCUCGAGGCUGCCGGCUACAACGUGCACAUCCCGCAGAUCUUCCCGCUGAGCAAGGGCGAGAUUCUGGGAUGCACCAGCCCCGUCAUCGACACCGCCCAGGUCGACGCGCUGGUCUACGUCGGCGACGGCCGCUUCCACCUCGAGAGCGCCAUGAUCCAGAAUCCGCGCCUGGCCGCCUACCGCUACGAUCCGUAUUCGCGGAAGUUCACGCGGGAAGGGUACAACCACACAGAGCUGCACACGCUGCGCAGGGACGCCAUCGCUGCUGCGCGGAGGGCAAAGAAGUUUGGAUUGAUCCUGGGCACCCUGGGGAGACAGGGGAACCCGAAUACCCUCGAUCACCUCGAGAAGCGGCUCAAGGAAAUGGGCAUCGAUUAUGUGCUCCUGCUGCUGAGCGAGAUCUUCCCCGGGAAGCUGAAAAUGUUCGAGGAUGUCGAGUGCUGGGUGCAGGUCGCGUGUCCGCGGCUCAGCAUCGACUGGGGAUAUGCGUUUCCGCGGCCGUUGCUGAGCCCGUACGAGGCGACCAUCGCGCUGGGACUCAGGGAGGAGAGCUGGGAUGAGACAAAGGGGUAUAGGAUGGACUUUUAUGCGAAAGAGGGACUGGGAAGGACAAAGAGGGGAGGUACGCUACCGGGCUUGGAGAGUUGAUGUUGCAGACAUCGAGUGAGAGGGUGUGAAUACACGCGUUUUGCUGGUCACUCGGACUCUCAUGGUGAAUCGUGCUUGUUUCCAGUAAAGAUUCCGCCGCUCUCAACAUCCGUAAGUCCAUUCAUCAAUCCA